AUGAGUAGCCGAUAUGCAGCAGUGCAUCAAUCGCCUGAGGGCGCUGGCGACGCGCGUCCAACUGCCCUACAAAUCAUCCAGGAUGAACAGCUUCAGGGCCAGUGGUCUGACAAAGUCAUCCUCAUCACCGGCUGCUCCUCAGGCUUAGGGGUUCAUACCGCACGAGCACUAUACACCACCGGUGCCACACUUUACCUGACGGCCCGUGACCUCGACAGGGCGAAAACAGCGCUCGGUGAUAUGAUCGAUAGCCCGCGCGUGCACCUCUUGUCUCUGGAUCUUGAUUCUCUGACGUCCGUACGUGCCUGCGCCGAGGAGUUCCUAGCAAAUUCACCCCAUCUGAAUAUCUUAAUCGCCAACGCCGGCGUCAUGGGCUGCCCGGAAGGGCGGACGGAAGAUGGCUUCGAGACGCAGUUUGGUACCAACCAUCUGGCGCAUUUUCUUCUCACCCACCUCCUGCGUCCUGUGAUGUUGGCAUCUUCUUCACCGCGAUUUCGCUCUCGGGUAGUGUUACUCUCCUCCGGUUCGCAUCGCUUUGGCCAGGUCAACUUUGAUAAUCUCACCUGGGAGGGCGAGUUCGACACCUGGUUGGCUUACGCACAGAGCAAAACAGCCAACAUCUGGACUGCUAAUGAGCUGGAGCGGCGGUACAGUGCGCACGGCCUGCACGCGGUCAGUUUGCAUCCUGGGACCAUUGCCACGGACUUGCUGAGGCAUGUUCCGGCUGACCAACUGGCGAUCUGGACGGCGGACAAGGAAUUGGAAAAGUAUUGGAAGACCCCUGAGCAAGGAGCCGCCACCACCGUCUGGGCCGCAGUGAGCCCAGAGAUGGAAGGAAAGGGUGGGGUGUAUCUGGAAAAUUGCGCUGUUUCCACAGCGUGGGUGCCUGCGGCUGGUCCCUGGGGUCCGGGAUACGCUCAAUGGGCGUAUAGUCCGGAGAGUGAAGCGAGGCUCUGGGAUGUAUCAUUAGAGUUGUUGGGGUUGCAGGACUAG